AUGGCGGGAACUGCUGACUGUCAGGAACACGUGGCACGGCCGCGUCGACCCAAUAUAUGUCGGGUCCUAAGACGAACCGGAUACGGUAAAUGCCUAAUUUGCUCACUUCUCCUGGUUCUUUGCUUCUUCUACGCCACCUACUGCCACGUUAAACAUGAAGCCUAUUCUGGGAGUCAGCCGUUGCUCAUCUAUCAACACGGCCCAUGUGCCCAAGGAUACAACUUUGUGCCCAUUGUAUUUGGCCUUAUGCUAUACAUAGUGUAUUUGAUGGAAUGUUGGCAUAGUCGAACGAAAAUCAUAAAUAUGAAAAAAGUGAGAGUUGAGGAUGCCUUGGACUAUAUAACUGCUCUGAGGACGAGUCCGCCGAUUGUCUGGUGGAAAAGUGUAUGUUAUCACUAUACGAGGAAGACUAGGCAGGUCACUAGGUACCGUAAUGGAGACGCUGUUUCAGCGACUCAAGUCUACUAUGAACGAGUGAAUUCUCAUCAAGCUGGCAGUAUGUUCAUCUACGAUACAUGUGGAUUUAGGGACAUCUCGAAAUCAAUUCUAGAAGUUGAAAAAUUCCACGUCACCAGAAUUCGAUUAACCAGAAGUUUCGUAUUCGCCAACAUGCAAGCAGCCACAGAAUUCGAACAACAAAGGUCUCGAUUUUUCAAUGAUAAUGAGACGAAAGAUGAUUACAUGGAGGUCCGGGAGGGAAUGGAUUUAUCAGAUGUUGGAUUUGUUGAAGAGAUACUUGCAUUCAAUUGUCCAACACCUCCUUGGUUUCUACAUCCAAUCGUUUUUUGGUUUUUCUCGAUUUUGGUGCUCUCAUGGCCCUUGAGAAUCUAUACAGAGUGGAGGACUGCGGUGCUCAGCUUCCAGGUUGUUAAACUCUUUGGAACGCAUUAUUUGAGUCCCAACUCGAUCAACUACACUGGUCCACUGACAAGAACGUCUACAAUGGAUACUGUAGAAUUGGAAGCAUUGCUACGGAGGGAGCAACAUUUUGUUGUUCCAUCGUACAGCGAGGUGAUGCUUAUGCAGAAUACCAUUGCCAAUUCAAAUACAAAUUUCCCAAAUCUGCGAUUCCUGGAGCCUGUCAUUCAGCCUCGACCGUUGGUUAACACAACAAAUGAGCAUAUCGUACUCCGAAAUUAUGGAGCAACAGACACUGAAAAUUCUGAGCAAUCAUCUACAGUAAUCCCAAGACCUCCACCCCUGCGAGUCAGUCGAAGUAUGACGUUCGCCGAGGAGAACAACGAUGAAAAUCUGGGAUUUUUGGAGAAUGGAAAUCGAAGGAAUCGAGCGAUUCCGUCCAGGGGUACUGUACCUUUGAGGUCUUUAUCGAUCGGUGGCAUUUCUGCUUGGUCCAAUGGAUAUCGAGAGAUUGGAAGAGAGGACUCUCAGUUCCUUAUUGAGCCCGAUGAGCCACCGCCGCCUUAUGAGGUCGCCCUCCGCAUGUGCGCUCCACUGUACGAACGCCUUCGUAGAUCAAUUUCCUCCCGCUUGGCGUCAAUUUCACACUCAAGUUCGAAGGAUUUGAAGUCGUUAACGUUGAAAAAUAAUAAUGGAGCGGCUAACAAUAACAAUAAUAAUAACAACGAAAACCCAGAAGAACAGCCAUAG